AUGGCUCGACACAGAUAUGUUGUGGUGAAUGGAACGAGGCACGGAACCGUUAGGUGUCUAAAAUUCUGGUUGUCAUUCUUCAUUAUUACAACUGUCGCUGUUGUCAUUUACUUGGUUGUUAAAAAUCGGAAGUUUCUGAGUGAGGAGAUUAAAGAUAAUGAACUAAUGACAGCUUCAGGAUAUCCGGUUCCGGAAAUCUGUACUCUUCCGGCAACUUCAGGACCUUGUAAAGCCAACCUCAAAAGAUUCUUCUUUGACUCCACAACUGGAGCCUGUAAGGAUUUCAUCUACGGAGGAUGUUCUGGAAAUGGCAAUAAUUUUGAAACAUUGGAUGAAUGCAUGAGAACUUGCAAUGCUAAACCUAAGAAAAAAACGAUUCAACAAGUCGUAUUGUCCUUAUGUUCUACUUUUUGUUCUAAAGUCAAAAAACCCGAUUUCUGUAUGCUGGAAAAGGAUCCAGGUCCAUGUUAUGCAAUCCUCCCAAGGUACGCCUACGAUAAGAGGCUUGACAAAUGUGUGGAAUUCACAUUCGGUGGUUGCGGUGGCAAUCGAAACAACUUUGAGAGUAUAGAGCAAUGUGAGAAACAGUGCAAANGACUCCACAACUGGAGCCUAACUUGCAAUGCUAAACCUAUCAAAAAACCCGAUUUCUGUAUGCUGGAAAAGGAUCCAGGUCCAUGUUAUGCAAUCCUCCCAAGGUACGCCUACGAUAAGAGGCUUGACAAAUGUGUGGAAUUCACAUUCGGUGGUUGCGGUGGCAAUCGAAACAACUUUGAGAGUAUAGAGCAAUGUGAGAAACAGUGCAAAGAACCAAACGGAGCCAAGGAUUCAGUUUCAGAAGAUCCCGGCGACACCUCCGUUUGCCUUUUACCACGCGAAACUGGAAAAUGCCGAGGAUAUAUAAAGAGGUGGGGAUUCGAUAAAAAUUUAGGAGGGUGUGUUCAAUUUGUCUAUGGUGGAUGUGGUGGAAAUGGCAAUAACUUCGAGUCAAUAGAAGCCUGUGAACAAGCAUGCAUAGGUAGGGGAACAUUCACUAUUGUGGUUAGAAGUGAUACGAUGCCAAUACCAUUUGAUCAAUCUUCACAAAUGGAUUCUGUUUGCAAAUUAGCACAGGAUUCUGGUCCGUGCAGAGGAUCUAUAAGACGAUGGAGCUAUGACGCCUCAAGAGGAUUUUGCGUUGAAUUCACUUAUGGUGGUUGUCAAGGCAAUUCCAACAAUUUCGAAACUCGAGAGGCUUGUGAAGCCAAAUGCUCUGGUAAGCUUCCUCUAUGUUAG